UUGGAUUAAAGGAGUAGGUUACAGCUAAUCGUCUAGUUAGUUAGAACCCUGAGCUCAGCCUGAGGUGUAUGGGGAGUGGAAUACUGCGCUGGAUGGGGAGUUCCCUGUUGGAGUAUUAUAUCAGGGGGAUUGGACAGAAGGGAGAUGAUGGUGAGAACAUUGAGUGGGUGAAGUCAGAGAGGAUGCCAGAGGAAGAAGAGCUAUCUGAAGAACUGGAAUACUACCCCCUACACACUCUUUCAAUCUCUUCCCCUCCAACCACUUUCUCAACACUUAGGCCUAUGCUGAGCAGGGGAGCCGGUCCAUGCUAACUGUGUACGCUGGAAGAAGAGGUUCUCCUUCCCCUGUAAGAUGAGUGCCACCGCUGGGACGGGCGUGCUUGACCCCUGUGUGUGCCGCGUGUCUGUCAGGAAGGAGCUAAAGGGUGGGAAGACGUACGCAAAGCUUGGCUUUGCAGACCUAAACCUGGCUGAGUUUGCUGGUUCUGGGAACACGACACGUAGAUGUCUACUGGAAGGUUACGACACCAAGAACACCCGGCAGGACAACUCCAUACUCAAGGUUAUCAUCAGCACACAACUGAUGUCCGGGGACCCCUGUUUUAAAACGCCUCCUUCCACAGGCACAUUCAUCGGCGUUCAGGGAGAUGCAGAGAGCCUCCUGGAAGAGAGGAAGGGAGGGGACAACCAGAAGACCUUCAUGGAGAGCCGAGAAGGAAAGUGUCCCUCUGUUUCCGAUGAACUUGGGGGCUCCUGCCAUUCCCGAACAUCCAGCUACGCUAGUCAGCAGUCUAAAGUCUCAGGCUACAGCACAGGUCACUCCCGCUCCUCCAGCCUGUCAGAGUGUACCCAUCGCAGGAACACUUCUGUGGGCAGCACUUCCACCGGCAUCGCCAGCAUCCUGGAGCCCUCUGACGACACUAGGGACACCAGGGACCAGAGGGAGAGCAGGGACCGGGAGAGGGGAGACAGGGAAGCCAGGAUGGGGAUGAUGCCCCCUACUGCUGGGGCGUCAGCUUGCACAGCCCUGCCUGAACACCCCACCCCCACCAGUACCAUUGGUUCCUGUAUAGGCACUCCGGUGAAGAGCGCCUCAUCCUGCGAACGCCUCAACAGACACCUGGUGAAGCAAGGGUCCAUGGAGGGUCAGAUGAUGAGGGUGGAGGCAUCGAGGGUGGAUGCUGAUGACGUGGUGGAGAAGAUCCUUCAGAGUCAAGACUUCACCCCCAGCCUGCUGGACUCCAGCCAUGAAGAGGAAGGCCUGCGGUUGUUUGUCGGUCCCGGAGGAAGCACUGCCCUUGGAAGCCAUCACCUGCCUACCAGGGUUGGCGCUGGUGCAUAUGAACAGGUGGUGAUUAAACGUUAGGCCUAAACCCCACCAGGAGGAUGAGUGGCACAGCUGACAUCCAACAGAACCAUCAGUGGUUUUUAUCUUUAAUUCCAGCAAGCACAUUUUAUCCAACUGAACUGGCCUGUCAGAAAUGGACUGCAACAGCGCCCUCUGGUGUGCUUAGACUGUGCACUUUCUGUUGUCCCCUGUUAGAUUAGCUCAGUGAAGUCAAGAAGAACAUCACCACGCCUCAAUCUGGGAAAGGAGUCAGACUUUUAAAAACUGCAGUUUGAGGUCACAGGAAAACCUGACCUUUUCAACUGGAGAUCAAAGUGAUUUGGUUCUGUGUUUAUCACCAGAAUGAAUGAAGCCUUUGCUGAAGAGGAUGAUGCCAUGCUUUUUCAAUACAUUCCCUAGUUAACGCUAGUCCCCUAGUUUUCAGUCCUUUGGUUUUUCAACAAUGUUUUUUAUUUGGAGCUGCCUUUUUAAUGUAGGAUUUUAACUUUUGUCCACCAAUAAGCUGCUAAAAGGUUGUGUGUGUGCGUGCCUCAGUGGAGGCUGGUGGGAGGAGCUAUAGGCUCAUUUUAAUGACUGGAAUGGAAUCAUGGUUUCCAUGUUUGAUACCGCUAAAUUUAUUCCAUUCCAGUCAUUACAAUGAGCCUGUCCUAUAUCUCCUCCCACCAGCCUCCAAUGGUGUGCAUGUGUUUGUGUGUAUGCAUGACUGUGUGCGUGCCUAUAUGUCUCUGGUAAAGUGUUAAAGCCACUAGUCUGUUGUAAUAAUAGUAAACCUACAAUAAUCCUGCAGUAUACAGAGCCAGGGCUGAGGGCUGGGAGUGAGACUGCAGGUUAUGUACUCGGUACUGAAGGUGACCCUGCUCCUCUCCUCUGCUGAUCUCAUUACUGGCAGAAAUAGAAACCGCCUUACAAUCUAACCGCUCUGCUCUUUUUAUAUGCUUGUGGGAGGGAAAUAGAUGGUGAGGAAGAGGAGAGAAGCUCUGUUUGAGUGAGGUCAAGCUUGUGUUUGCUUCUUCUGAAAGAAUCAGACUCUCAGGUUAAGAUAUCAGGGUUCCAAUCCGGAUGGCUCUUUUUUUUGCAACGACCGAUGACAGUGGGGUUUAGAAACUGAUGCAAGUCAACAGUUGAUUCUUGCCAAGCUGACGUAGGUAAAGAUGAAGGCUACAGGACAAAUGGUCAACAAUUGAACUGCCAUUGUACACACUUAUUGGUCACCUUGUGUAGUACAACUCCAAAGAGUGAGACGGUGUGGUCCACGAAGAGUGAGACGGUGUGGUCCACGAAGAGUGAGACGGUGUGGUCCACGAAGAGUGAGACGGUGUGGUCCACGAAGAGUGUGACGGUGUGGUCCACGAAGAGUGUGACUGUGUGGUCCACGAAGAGUGCGACGGUGUGGUCCACGAAGAGUGAGACGGUGUGGUCCACGAAGAGUGAGACGGUGUGGUCCACGAAGAGUGAGACGGUGUGGUCCACGAAGAGUGCGACUGUGUGGUCCACGAAGAGUGAGACUGUGUGGUCCACGAAGAGUGCGACGGUGUGGUCCACGAAGAGUGCGACGGUGUGGUCCACGAAGAGUGCGACGGUGUGGUCCACGAAGAGUGCGACGGUGUGGUCCACGAAGAGUGCGACGGUGUGGUCCACGAAGAGUGCGACUGUGUGGUCCACGAAGAGUGCGACGGUGUGGUCCACGAAGAGUGCGACGGUGUGGUCCAUGAAGGUUCUCUCUCAGCAGCAUAUCAGAUGGUAUGAUGAUAUACUUAUAUGACAAAAAGCCAGGAGUUACAUCAGAUGAGGCUGAUGAUGACUCUGUUAUUCGUUGUCUGAACGAUGUAAUGGAUUGGCCCCCCCCAUAUCUUGAAUAUAAUCUGUCAAAUACAGUUAUGAAACUGACAUUGGGGGGGAUUGUAUACACUACACGAUUUUGUGAUGAUGAAUCUUGUUAAUUGGUCUGUCUCAUUAAAUAGAAAUAACAAUACAUAUUCAGAGUAAGUUAAAGAUAUAAUGGCAUUACAUACAUUUAGUGUGUGUGAUCGUCUCGUCUUAAGCCAUACUGGAGGUUAACCAUAUCCUGACCUCAAGUUAUGUGCCGUAAUUUGCUGAUUUCUGCAGUGUCAUCAGUGUAUGGUAUUAUAACUCUGAAUUAAUCUGUGUUAUUUCUCUUUGUGUAGAUGUUUAUUGUUUGCAUGAUUUUUGUAUUUCUUCAGCGAGUUAAACCAAUGCUUGAAAACCACAAUUCCACCAUCACAUGUGGUUCAAGGUUUCUUACAUCUGUACGUUUGGUAAGACCACAUACCUGUGUGAUUCAUUUAUGUUGUGCCAUCACUUACCUGGAAGUUCUCUUUACUGCCUCAUUUGAGGCAAAUUUAAGAACAGAACUGAUGUAUAGAUCCAGAACAUGGUAGAAACUAAUAAUGAGUAUUGUAACCUUUAGCAAGGCACUUGUAUUACCAUUCACUAUUCCUCUUGAAUAGAAAUAAGCCUGUUAACUACCUUCCUUCAGUAAAAUCAGUUCCAGUAGACAGAUGUUAGACAGGCAGCAUAUGUUCCUGUUUCCCAGCUCAGUCGGUACCUAAAAUGUAACAAACAUGGUUGCCUUUUCUCUUCUGUGAAGCUGUGUGUAUUAAGGAGCUGUAACCCGUAUCCUCUUGUAAAAGUGACGUUUUCUGUCAGUAUCGACAGUGUCCAAUGUUCCUGUCUUUUUGACCAACAUUUGCUUCCUUACCAGGUGUACUGUAUGCUUUUCCUGUGUACCAUGCACUGUUGAUUAAAACGGUUCAAAAUGUU